CGGCUACCUUCACUCCAUCCGCUCAGCUCAAUAGAACCUGUAACAUAUACAACGGGCUUUACAUCAGCAUGUCACCGUUCGAAUACCCUCCUCUCAAAACUGGAGCCAAAGUGGUUGUCUUGUCUGAUUGGGAUGGAACCAUCACCGACAGAGAUAGCAACGACUAUCUCACUGACAACCUGGGAUUUGGCCCAGACAAGCGCCGAGGGUACAAUCUGGACGUAUUGAAUGAAAAGAUUGGGUUCAGAGAUUCCUUCAUUGAGCAGAUCAGCUCCGUAGCCGCAAAGCACUCAUUUGACGAAUGCGUCGAGUUUUUGGCCGAACAUAUCAACCUCGACCCGGGGUUUGAAAAAUUCUACAACUGGUGCAGCUCGAACGGCGUUCCAGUCGUCAUCGUUUCGAGCGGAAUGGCACCCAUCAUCCGGGCCGUUUUAUCGAAACACAUGCCAGAAGCUGCUAAAGAGAUCGACAUCAUAGCAAACGAUGUGAAAUUCACAGACCCCGAGGGCAAAGGCACCAAAGGACAUUGGGAGCUUGUCUUCAGACAUCCAGAGUCUCACUACGGACACGACAAGUCAUUGGCUAUCUUACCGUAUCGGGAUCUAGACAAACCUCCCGUUUUAGUGUUCUGCGGUGAUGGCGUUUCUGACCUUUCUGCUGCGAAACAUGCGGACCUUUUGUUCGCGAAAGAGCGCGCGGAUGGAGAAUCAGAUCUCAUGGUCUACUGUACACGGAAUGAGAUCCCCUUCGUCCAGUUCCUCGACUUCCACAAGGUCGAGGACAAGGUCAAGGAGCUCGUAGACGGUAAGACUUUCCCCCAAAUCCUCCAUGAGGAGCGAUCAUGAGCAUUCUUAUAGACUCAGUCACUAUUUGACACCUCAGCAUGGCAAAUAGUAUAGAUAUAAUAAUGAUAGAUUUGGACCCCUGUCAUCCGUCUCAAGGUCAUGCCCAUCUGUUUGACCAGUCAUGCCCAUUUCAACUCCCUGAACUAAGUCCAUAGAAUAUCUGAGACUUUGGAUGCGGCCCGCGAAAUGACUUAUGGCCUCGC